UGUUCUAAUUAGGCUAAGACUAGUCUAACUCUAAGAUUAGCCGGUAAAGAUGAGUCAUCAACUUUAUAGAAACACUGCCCUUGGAAACAGCUUGCAAGAAAGCCUAGAUGAAUUAAUUCAGGCAAGACUUAUUACACCACAGCUUGCUCUGACAGUACUUCUCAAGUUUGACCGUGCCAUCAAUGAUGCUCUGGCUAAUAGGCUAAAAAACAAGAUCAGUUUCAAGGGUCAUCUGAAUACAUACAGAUUCUGUGACAAUGUGUGGACAUUUGUUCUCAACGACGUGGAUUUCCGUAAUGGUGAUUUUGUGACAGUUGACAAAGUCAAGAUUGUGGCUGUGGACGGCAAGAUAUCGGCGGCAGCGGGACAAGACUGACAUCCAAUGAAACUAUGAAUUAUCUUAAAGAGACUAUUAAGCAGGCAUCUAUUUCUUGGAAAAAUUGAUGGCUGGCUAGGCUGUUGGAGGACCUAAUGACUGGCAAAUCCUGGCAAUACACGAAGCUUGAAUCUGUCUAUCCUGUUAUGAACUUGAAUCUUAAAAAGUGAGAGAAUGUUAAGAUUCUUCUAGAUUUUAAAAGACUUUAAUGUCUGACUCUUUUUUAUUAAUUCUUAUGUUGAGUCAGUACAAUGUAAGUCUAGAGCCUAUGUUAAGAAGCUGCAACUAUUACAAAACCCUCCACCUCUUUGAAUACUAUUAACCUUGUCAAAACUUGAUUUCUCAAAUCAACAUUAAUUUCUGUAAAUAUAGUGUAUGCAUCACUUUUCAUAUGAUGUUUAUUGAAUUAGUUCAAAUUAAAUCAAGUUUGUGUUGUUUAUGCUGGCUAAGCUUCUAAUGUGGGGCGCGAUAGUUCAGUCGGUAGAACAGGGGUUUCGGAUUCUGGUUACCCGGGUUUAAUUUCCACUUGGUGCGCUAGUGCCCUUUGGUUAGGCAUUAAUCCUCAUUACCAGGUCCCUCGGAGAAGACCUUAAACUGUCGGUCCUCUGGUCACUUGCAUAGCAUUCAUGCUUUCUUAACAAUCAGGUAAAAAAAAUCACCAUUUAACAUCUGCCAUGUCAGUAUGAGUAAAAGUCAAAUGAUAUUUUGCAAUCCAUUCAGAUCUGACUACCUGCCAAAUUCUUUUCUUCUCUUAGCUGUCGUACCUAGUGACCCAAAAAUAGGAUGGAAGGUGUUUUACUGUGCAGUCUGACAAACAGCAAAAUAAUGAACAUACAAUGUUUACUCUGGCUUGUGUUCAGUGUAAAAACACACAUAAAACAUGAAAACUCUGCAAAGAUGUGAUAUGCUUACAAUUGAUAUACAUCUGUUUUGGUGCAUGUAUAUUGUUGGGUAGAUGUGCCUGUUGCACUUUCCGCUUGUAUGAUUAAUACAUGUAUAUUGUUUGGAAAUCCUGAUAUUUUUCUUGUACAAAAUUGUA